CUGGUAGUUAUAGUCCCAACACGCUGUCAGACUGAUAUUCAAGCUGCAGAAACAUAGAGAAAAAACUACAUAUGCUCCGAGAGGUCAGCUUUCGUUAUUUGCAUGGAACUCUUUAAGUAAGGCAAGUGGUGAAGAAAUUGGUUAGAUUUAAACUUUGCAGAACUCAGCCUUAAAGUACAUACUGUACGGAAACUAUAGCGUUUACGCUUCUCGAGGGUGUAAUUAUCGCUGAUGUUUUUGUUUUUGUUUGUUUGUUGUAAAUCCCAUAACUUCCUCGUGCGGAGUUUUUCGCAAAGGGUUUCCUGGAUGAGUUGCUUGCGAGAAAAGCGAUUUGAUUUGAUCAGUUUCGGAUAACACCACCAAGGGGCAGAACACAGCGUGAUGACUGCAUGCACAUUAGUCAGUCAGGUUUGACUGAUGAAGCCCCAUGAAAAGAAAGGUUGAGUGAAUCGAGCAGCAUAAACGUUCUUGGGAAGCACGAACCAGGACAGUACGGCGACAGCGCUGCACCUGUUGCCUUUUUCUGGUGUUUUUCUUUUUGUUAUUUGAAAUGGUCUGCGUUCGGAGAAAGAAACAGCGCGCAAAAGAGAUCACCUGCAAUAAGCAUUUUCUUUGGGUUAAGUAACUUUUCUUUGUACUUUUUUAUUUUUUUCUAUUCAGAAGUUUCUUGAAACCUUCUGUUGUAUAAAUGGUAAAGGACUAUGGUGACCUUUCUCCGUCUGAAUUUGGGAAUAUGUUGAUCUGAAACGGAUUUAUAAACCGAUAUUUGCAACAUGAAGUUUAAUGGUUAUUUAAAACUGAGGAUCGGGGAAGCAGUAGAUCUGAAACCCACCAAAUUUUCCCUGAGGCACUCAGUACUUUUCAGUAAAACACCCUUCUUGCUGGAUCCCUAUAUAAUAAUCAAUGUGGACGAGGGGAGAGUAGGGCAGACUCACACCAAACAAAAGACCAACAGACCUACAUACAACGAGGAAUUCUGUGUCAAUAUCAACAAUGGGCGCAAGAUCGAGCUGGCGGUGUUCCAUGACACCCCGAUUGGAUAUGAUGAUUUUGUAGCUAAUUGCUUAAUCAUGUUUGAAGACCUGAUCAACACCGUCAAUACUGAAGAGACCUUUGAAGGCUGGGUGGAUUUGGAGCCAGAAGGGAAAGUGUUCAUUGUGAUCACUCUCACAGGAUCCUUUACUGAUGAUACAGCGACAGCUAAUGGACGGACCUUCAAGCACUUCUCCAGGAAGCGUCAGGGAGCGGUGCGGCGGCGAGUGCACCAGGUCAACGGGCACAAGUUCAUGUCAACCUACCUGCGCCAGCCGACCUUCUGCUCGCAUUGCAGAGACUUCAUCUGGGGAGUGUUUGGGAGACAGGGGUAUCAGUGUCAAGUCUGCACGUGUGUCGUGCACAAACGAUGUCACCAGCUCAUUGUCUCGGCGUGCCCUCGCAUGAAAAAGCCUGCAAUCGAAGAGGCAACUAACCAAGGCUUCAGCAUCAACAUCCCUCACAAGUUCAAGAUUCACAACUUCAAGGUGCCCACAUUCUGUGACCACUGCGGGUCUCUGCUGUGGGGUCUGCUGAAACAGGGCCUGCAGUGUAAAAAUUGCAAAAUGAACGUGCACAUCCGAUGCAAGGGAAACGUGGCUCCCAGCUGCGGAGUGAACAGUGUGGAGCUGGCCAAUAGACUAGCGGAGAUGGGGCUCCAAGCCGGAGGACUCUCCAAAAGGAACUCUUUGGCAAGUAAUAAUAACAGCAGUGAAAAAGGAUCCAGAAAAGUAAGCAAGAAGGAGAAUCAAACGAAUAACAGCAACACAGAGCAGAAGUUAGGCAUUGGAGAUUUCACCUUCCUUCAGGUUCUGGGAAAAGGCAGCUUUGGGAAGGUGAUGCUGGCCAAGCAGAAAGACUGUGAGCGGGUGUUUGCAGUCAAGGUGCUGAAGAAGGACAUUAUCCUGCAGGAUGAUGAUGUGGAGUGCACUAUGACUGAGAAGAGGGUCCUGUCGAUGGCAGGGAGCCACCCCUACCUCACCCAGCUCUUCUGCUGCUUCCAGACACCAGAUCGGCUGUUUUUCGUGAUGGAGUUUGUGAACGGUGGCGACCUCAUGUUCCACAUCCAGAAAUCUCGGAAGUUUGAGGAACCCCGCGCCCGGUUUUACACGGCUCAGAUUACCUCGGCACUCAUGUUUCUGCAUGAAAGAGGAAUUAUUUACAGAGACCUAAAAUUGGACAACGUGUUACUGGACAAGGAUGGCCACUGCAAGCUAGCUGACUUUGGAAUGUGUAAAGAGGGAAUCUUUGAAGGAGUCGAGACUGGCACUUUCUGUGGAACUCCAGACUACAUUGCUCCAGAGAUUCUGCAGGAGUUGCUCUACGGCCCCUCUGUUGACUGGUGGGCUCUAGGAGUGCUGCUCUACGAGAUGCUGUCGGGACACGCCCCCUUCGAGGCGGAAAAUGAGGACGAUCUCUUCGAGUCAAUCCUGAACGAGGAGAUCAGCUAUGCAGCCUGGCUGAGCCAAGACUCUGUGGACAUUCUCAAAGCAUUCCUGACUAAAAACCCCAGCAGGAGACUUGGUUGUGUGCCGUCCCAGGGUGGGGAGAGUGUGAUCCCGAUGCAUCCGUUCUUCCGAGAAAUCGACUGGGAAUUACUGAACCGGAGACAGCUAGAGCCACCUUUCAAACCUAGAAUCAAAUCUCCCCAGGAUGUCAACAACUUCGACCCAGACUUCACCAAAGAGGAGCCAGCUCUGACUCCCAUUGAAGACACGAUGAUCCAAAUGCUGAACCAAGACGAGUUCAAACAUUUUUCAUUUACAUCGCGGGACUUGAUUGAUACUUAAAGGACAAACUCAGAAUUCAGUGAGCGAACCUCAGAGUGGUGUAACAGAGGAGAGAAAAAAAAAGGACAUUUCUUCUUCUAUCGCAUCCUCCUGGCUUUUAAAGGCAUUCAAGCACUGUGUCAAAAAAAAAACCCAACAAAAACACCUUGGGUCAUGUCAAACUAAAUUAGAUUUAGUGAAAUGCUGUAUGUACAGUACUUGAAUUUUUAUUUGUAAAAUAGGAUUUUUUUUAUAUAUCUGAUUUAGAAUGAAAUUGCGUUUUUAUUGUUUAAUGUGUGUUAUGCUCCUGUUUGUUCCUUUAGGCCGAAUGCUUUUAUAAAGAAGUGAACGACUUGCCUAAUUGACAGAUGUUUGUGAAUGGAGGUAAACAAUGGGGCCUAAAUGCAAAUGAAUAGAAUGGAUAGCUGGUAAGAACAUGAUGAUUGAUGAUUGGUUGUAAACAUAAGGCCUUCAUAUUCAAUGAAAUGAUAUUGAAGAUACUAUAGCAUUGUGUGCAUCUAUAGCAUACACCUCCACACUUAAACUACCUAUCAGGUUACCUGUAACAGCAGGGGUUCAAACCACCAGUAGGCUAUAAUCAGUAUUAUUAUCUCAUUUAUUACUCCAUUCUUUGGAUUGUAUAGCAGAUUUUGGAAUUGGAUCUCAUUUGUAACCAAAACUGAUGUGCCAGUGGGGUUUGGCAUGGAACAUGGACCCAUGCGUGUGAUGGAAGGGCAGAGGGAGAGCAUCUUACACGAGACACAAAGCUUCACAGGGUUAAAAGUCAAACGGCUCGUGUAAAAGUUAGCAUUCAUUUUUAGAAGGCGUCGUCUAAUAUUUUCUCUUCGUUGCUGUAUAAUAUGAAAAUAAACUGACUUCACUGUAGGCUUGGACAUGUUUGAACUUAAAUACCUAUUUGAAUUCCAGUGUUUAAGAAAAUUGAUGAAAAUCUAUUCUUGGACAUGCAAAUUAUUAGCAGUAACUGUAUACAGAAUAUUUUUUUUGUUAUUUUUCGUGACCUAACGAUGAUACCGCUACUGUUAUUCAAAUGAACCUGGUUGAGCCUAAAUAAACAAAACAACUGAGGACAAAUUCAGGGCUAUUUUCUGAAGCCUUGCAAGUCCCAGGGUUAUUUAUUUAUUAUACAGCAGUCAAGAACAGCUAUUGCAAUCGUCUCUGUAGGUGAGAACUGCGAACACCCUUCCGAGAUUUCUGUACAGACUGUGCUCAGGUAACUCUUAGGCAUUGUUUUUCUCUUUUCAGGUUUUGUAUUCAGUCAUAUCAAGUACGUGUUUUAGAAAAUAAACCAACUGUGAAACUCAGUGAGUCAACAUUUCUUUAUGUAUAUAUUUAUAUAUAGUACAGCUUGGGCCACAUGUUUAACAUCACCUAGAGUUUUAAG